AUGGUGACGAUAUCCGAAAUUACAUCUGAGAGGGCUGAUUUGAAGGAUGGGGAAGCGGUUACCACUACAAACUCAGAGGAUAGGCAAUUUCGUCCUACUCGAUGGCAGAGUAAUGUCACCAUCGCCAGCUGUUAUAUUGCAAACUUCAGUGACGGGUUUCAAAAUAGCAUUGCAAACCCGACCAAUGUCGUCUUGAAUCAUCUUCUGGGCUCUGGUAUAAAUGGCUACUCCUCUGAAAUGAAGACACGAGUAAGCAACGCGUCGACCGUAGGAGCCAUUCUUGGGGUUGUAGUUUUGGGCUAUACUUCAGAUAUGUAUUCUCGAAAGACUGGCCUACUUUUCACAUCCUCAAUAGUCGUUAUUGGGACAUUGAUGUCGACAGUUGCCCUUUCGAUACACCCAAUUCAUAAUAUGCUUUGGUAUUCUGUGAUCGCUCGUGGUAUAGCUGGCUUUGGAAUGGGAGGUGAAUAUCCUCCAAGCGCGGCUGCUGGAAUUGAAGAAACCAACGAGAGAAUGAAAAAAUAUAGGGGUCCCAUGUUUGUGUCCUUCACAACACUGAUGGCUACCACUGCUGGUCCAAUUCUACAAAUCAUUUACUUGAUCUGUCUUAUUGCAAGUGAUAACAACCUCAAGGUCACAUAUCACGCCAUCUAUUCCAUUGCAACUCUCAUUCCAUUUGGAAUCAUGAUUUUGCGUUUAUUUAUGGUAGAUUCUUCAAUGUUCUAUCGUUCCAAUUUCAGUGGCCUACACAAAUCACCACGCCUUUUCUGGCUUCUUUUGCGCCGCUACUGGUGGCGGAUGUUCACGACCUCUCUAGCAUUCUUUCUAUACGAUUUCAUCAAUUUCCCAAAUAGUAUCAUGUCAAGCUCCAUCAUUUCCUCACUUGUGCAAGACCAUGACAUUCGCAAGACCGCUAUCUGGCAGGUCAUCCUGGCCCUUCUGCCUGUACCAGGUGUCUUGAUAGGUGCCUGGCUGACUAACGUUAUUGGGAGACGUUGGACUGGAAUCUUGGGAUUUUCUGGGUACAUGAUUAUUGGUUUCAUAAUCGGAGGCUUGUAUGACAAGCUUUCCAAGCAUAUCGCAGCAUUUGUGGUCGUCUAUGGUAUCUGGCAAGCAUGCGGUCAUAUGGGCCCCGGAGCCACCAUUGGCCUCAUCUCUACUGAGUCCUUCCCUACUGCUAUGCGUGGAAUGGGAUACGCAGUUGCUACUGCUUUUGGUCGAACAGGAGCAGCAGUGGGGACAGAGUGUUUUUCUCCAUUGGAAAAUGCUGCUGGGAAGGCUUCGACCUUUUACCUCGCUGCUGGGGUUGCAGCUCUCGGUAUUUGUGUGUAUUUUCUACUUCCCGAAAGUGGCGACAUUGAUUUGGAGGAGGAGGAUCGAUUAUUUGAGAAGUAUCUGGCUGAAAAUAAUUAUAAGAUAGAAAAGAUCCAGGCUUAG